UCCGGAGGCGUGCGUGCGGCCUGAUGGAGCUUUUGGCUGGCAGCUACGAGCAGGUUCUGUUUGGGUUCACUGUACACCUGGACCCUGGAACCGGUGGCGACCCCAACAAGCAGAAAUGGACUCCUGUGGCUGACUUCACUCACCAUGCCCACACUGCCUCCUUGUCCGCAGUAGCUGUGAACAGUCGCUUUGUAGUAACUGGGAGCAAAGAUGAAACAAUUCACAUUUAUGACAUGAAAAAGAAGAUAGAUCAUGGGGCUUUAGUACAUCAUAAUGGUACGAUAACUUGCCUGAAAUUCUUCGGCAAUAGGCAUUUAAUCAGUGGUGCAGAAGAUGGGCUCAUCUGUGUCUGGGAUGCAAAGAAAUGGGAAUGUCUGAAGUCCAUUAAAGCUCACAAAGGACAUGUGACUUUCCUCUCUAUUCACCCAUCUGGCAAGUUGGCCCUGUCUGUAGGUACCGAUAAGACAUUAAGAACGUGGAAUCUUGUGGAGGGAAGAUCAGCUUUCAUAAAAAAUAUAAAACAAAAUGCACACAUUGUGGAAUGGUCACCAGGGGGAGAGAGAUAUGUAGUUGUAAUACUGAAUAAAAUAGAUAUCUAUCAGCUCGACACUGCAUCUAUUAGUGGUACCAUCACAAAUGGAAAGAGGAUUUCUGCCAUUACGUUUCUUUCUGACUCUGUCCUUGCAGUAGCUGGAGAUGAAGACACUGUAAAAUUUUUUGACUGUGACUCACUAGCAUGCCUCUGUGAAUUUAAAGCUCAUGAAAACAGGGUAAAAGACAUGUUCAGUUUUGAAAUUCCAGAGCAUCAUGUUCUUGUUACGGCAUCGAAUGAUGGUUUCAUCAAAAUGUGGGAGCUUAAGCAAGAUAAGAAAGUUCCCCCGUCUUUACUCUGUGCAGUGAACACAAGUGCCAGGUUGACAUGUCUUGGCGUGUGGCUAGACAGAGGGACAGAUGUAAAAGAGAGCUUGCCUUCAGCAGCAGAGCCCUCUCCUGUAAGUGAAGAACAGCCCAAAAUCAGCAAAAGGGAGUUUGGUGAGGUGGUUCAAGAGGAAGAAAUAGUGAAACCUAAGUUAAAGAAAUGUGGCUUAACUGGGCACAGCAAAAAGCUAACAAAAGGAAAUAGACUGGUGUCAACCAAGAAGAGGAAAGUGACAGAAACAUUACAAAAGCAGAGAAAAAAGAAGGUAUAAUUCAUGCGGAUCCCAGACACCUCCUUUACAAGAGAGUGCAUUUGAUGAGUCACCCUUUCCUAAGAUUUUACCUAACCGUUUUUUUUCAAACAGGUAAAAUUAUUUUUAGCAGAUGACAUUAUAUAAUGGUGUUCUGUAAUUUGUUAAUUGUAUAAUUUUUUACUGUGUACAAAGCUAAUAAAAUAUUUCUCAAAUAAGGUAAUUUAAUGAGAAAUUAUGAGCACAUUCUCUUAUUGUUGUGCUGUAAUGAAACCCAGGUCUUUGUAUGUAUUAGGCAAG